AUGUCUCCGCCCACGACCGCGACCACGCCCAUAAACCUCGUGAUCCGCUUCUCCACCUCGAACCCAGACCUAGUGCUGUCCAUCUCGUCACCCUCUACGACUUCUGCUCUCGCUCUAAAGCAAGACAUCCGUUCGCAUCUACCCUCUCCCACCAAUGAAUCUAAGCUCCGCCUGAUACAUUCUGGACGCGUACUGCCGGAUAAUGCUGCUCUAAGCAAAAGUCUCAACCUUACAACUCCUCCUCCGCCCUCCGCUCUCAGCGCCAAAGCGACAGGAAAGCUUCCCGUAAAAGAGCUAGGACCUAGAGUGUACAUCCAUUGCUCAAUUGGCGAUGCAUUAAGCGCAGAUGAUCUGGCAAAGGAGAAGAGGGAAGCAGAGCAGGCGGAUGCUGCAUUGAGAUCUGAAAGGACAUCUAAAGCUGUAGAUACAGAGCCAAAGCAGGAUGAUGCGUUGACAACCACGACUCCCGCCCCUCGUGGGUUUGACCGCCUUCUCACAGCCGGCUUCACAUCCUCAGAAGUGGCUGCUUUACGAGCACAAUUUCUGGCGAUACAAUCUCAUACACAUACACCCGAUACCAUGCCGACUGGUCAACAGCUCCUUGCCUUAGAAGAGCGCUGGUUGGACUCCGGAUCAAAUACCGCCGAAGACGGCACGAACGAUGCUGGAGGAUUUGGAGCAGAGGACUCUGGUGGGCUGGAAGAUAUGCUGUAUGGAAAUCUGAUCGGCUUCUUUUGGCCGAUCGGUGCGAUGUGCUGGUUGAUGAGAGAAGAAGGCGUUUGGAGCCGCCGAAGGCAAAUUGCUGUUCUGUCUGGAUUCAUGGUCAACUUGCUAUUCGGUGGUUUGAAGUGGAUCAAUUGA